CACACCUACCCUUAUUCAUGAUUUCUCAACUUUAUGAAACCUUCUAUCUAAUUAGUUUUAUUUCUUUGAAAGAAUAAUGUGAAUGACAAUGAAUGCAAAAAGGACAUUGCAACAAUGACUUCCCAACCACUUCCACCUUGGAAUUGACCAGACGGAAUGAGAAAUUUCCUUCUCCAGAGUAUAACCAUGAGAUGACAUGGUCACCUUCAUCUGUGACUGUGAGUUCAUCAGUGAACAUUUUGAAUAAUGUGAAUGACAAUGAAUGCAAAAAAAACAGUGCACUAAUGACUUCCCAACCGCUUCCACCUGUGAAAUUGAACAGACAGAAUGAGAGAUAUCCUUCUCUAGGAGUGCACAGGAAUUCUGCCCAUGGAAGAGGGCGUCUAUUCAAAAGGAAAAAAAGUAAGAUAUCCAACAUCAAACACGUACAGCAUUGCCAAAGGAAAGCAGCAAAAGAGCCAGAAACUAAAAUGGCUGAGAGCUUUGGCACUGUGCUUGAACAAACAGCCACAUGAUCCACCUUUACCAAGGAAGAGACAUCCACCAUGGCCACAGUCUUGCUGGAGAAUGUGGAGAGUAUCACGCUGGCUGCUUUUCUGAAGCCAUCAGUGAAUGCCAGUUAGACAAUGCAGAGUGAAUAUUUAGACAUUGAAAGCAAAGUUAUCAAAGAUGAAUGUAUUGAAGAGAAUAUAGCCUUUAAUUUGAAAGCCAAAGGGGAUGCGAUGAAGAUCAGAUGUUCCACAAUAGAAGAAUCUGGAUCCUCAGGGACUUAUGGGGUGGCUUUCGCCUCCCUUAAGGGCAUGGAGUCUGUUUUAGAUGAGAGCUUCUUCCAAGACCCUCAGGCCUCCUUGACCAACUCCAAGAGGAAGCUGAAGGUGAAUUCUCGAAUUGUCAAAGGCAUCUUGACUGGGGAGAAGGAAGAUAACUUCUCAGAUCCAGUUAUUUAUACUCUAGAGAACAUCCAGCCAAAGCAGAAGUUUGAGAGCCCCAUCUGUGUUUCCUGGGACCCAGAUGUGGAGGGCGGAAGGUGGACAUCCUCGGGCUGCAUGAUCCUCAAUGCUUCCAAGACACACAGCGUCUGCAGCUGUAAGCGUUUGGCGAACCUGGUCAUCAUCAUGGCUUCUACAGAGCUCACGAUGGAGUACUCUUUGUACAUCAUUAGCCACACGGGCCUGACCAUCUCCCUGGUGUGCCUCGCCUUGGCCAUCGCCAUGUCCCUGCUGUGUCGUUCCAUUUGCAACCGCAACACGGACCUCCACCUGCACCUCUGUAUGUGCCUCUUCCUGGCCAAGAUUCUCUUCCUCACUGGUGUAAAGAAGACCAACAAGCAGUUGGGAUGCGCCAUUAUCACAGGCCUUUUGCAUUACCUGUUCCUCGCCUGUCUCUUCUGGAUGCUGGUGGAAGCUGCCAUGCUGUUCCUGAUGGUCAGGAACCUGAAGGUGGUGAAUUACUUCAGUUCUCGCAACAUCAAAAUGCUGCACCUGUGUGCCUUUGGCUAUGGACUCCCAGUUCUGGUGGUGGUUGUUUCUGCUAGUGUACAGCCACAGGGCUAUGGGAUGCAUAAUCAUUGCUGGCUUAAUAUGGAGAUGGGAUUCAUCUGGAGUUUCCUGGGGCCAGUUUGCACAAUCAUCAUGGUAAGAAAUUGCUUGGUGAAGUGUGUUCUGGAGGAGGAACCAGAGAACCCCCACAUCCCAGAACCUCAUCCUUUGCAAAUCUUCUUCCACAGAUUACUGACGUUCAAAGCGUUUGCCCAGCUCUUCAUCUUGGGCUGCUCUUGGGUGUUGGGCAUUUUCCAGAUUGGAGCCAUGGCCAGUUUCAUGGCCCAUCUGUUCACCAUCAUCAACAGCCUGCAGGGCGCCUUCAUCUUCCUCAUUCAUUGCCUGUUCAACUGCCAGGUGGAGGGUUAA